AUGUUCGCGACCAGAGUCCUCCGCCAGGCCGCCGCCCACGCCGAGCGCACCCCCAGCAUCCGCUUCCUCGGCCGCCGCACCAUUCCUUCCUCCGUCGAUCACACCCCCGCCCCUCACCCGGCCUCGCCCACCGGCACCCUGCCCGCCAACUUCGGCAACGGCGGCGCCGCCCCCAGACACACCUCCUUCAGCUCCUACCGCGACCACGCCCAGCAGCACGGCCCGCUCCAGCGCUCCAUCCGCACCGACGAAUCCGGCAUCGGCGGCACCUCCGGCCACGAGCUCGGCUCCGUCGUCCCCGCCGCCGGCAUCUUCUUCGACCGCUCCGAGCUCCCCGCCCGCUUCCAGCGCCAGCCCAUCGACAUGGCCGAGAUCGAGGCCGUCGAGUCCGGCGGCGCUGCUCUCUUCGGUUGA